CAUUAAAUAAACAAUUUGCCACAUAUUUAAUUAUUUUUUAAAAAAUGAAAUUUACAAUGAUUUUGAUCUUGCUAUUAGUUGAAUCAUUUGCUUAAGAUUUAUAUUAUGUGAGUGAUCCUGAAGGAUUAUGUUUAGAUGGAUCAAGAGGAGUAAAAAUAAUUGAAUAAAUAAUAUUAGUCUUAUUAUUAUUCUGAAGGAUAUGGAUCAGGAUCAUAGAAUUUUAUAUUUCAUUUUAGUGGAGGAUCGUAUAAAUAUAUUAUAAUUAUAAGUUGGAUUCAAGGAUUGACAGAAUAAUAGUUGUUAAAUUCAGCAUAUAAAAGGUACGAUCUAUAUAGAAUAUGAUCUGAGACACAAUUA